CUUCGUUCGCUCAAAAUUGCUAGUUUUUCUUUCUCGUUGAUUACAAAUUUCCCGCGCUCUUCAAAUUGCAGGGAAGAACCAUGUUGAUCACGCCCCAAACCGCACCAAUCUUCUGGGUCUCUCUCCCUUUUCACCACAAUAAUCCUAAUCCUAACUGUGUCAAAUCCCAAAAUGCUUUCAUUUCCUACAGACCAUCUUCAACGGCCUCUCUGUUACCCACCAAUUCGUACUGUUCUUCCACCACAACCCGUGCCUCGACCUCGGCCUCGCCCGCCCAAACAUCCAUUCACGAAACUACGGAUGUUAACACCGAGAUUUGCAGUUUCUGCGAAGUGGGUAAUCUUAGAAACGCCGUGCAAUUGCUUUGCACGGCUCAGAAAUCCGAGCUUGAGACGAAGACUUACUGUUCGGUGUUGCAGCUAUGUGCUGAACGUAAAUCGCUUGAAGAUGGUAAAAAGGUUCACUCCAUUAUAUGUUCUAAUGGCUUAGUGAUUGAUGGAAUUUUGGGUGCAAAGCUUGUUUUCAUGUAUGUCAAUUGUGGGGAUUUGAGAGAAGGGAAGCGGGUUUUCGAUAAGGUUGCGAAUGAAAAGGUCUUUCUUUGGAAUCUUAUGAUAAAUGAGUACGCAAAGAUGGGUGAUUUUGGGGAAAGUAUAUGUUUAUUUAUGAAGAUGCAGGGGUUGGGGAUUGAAGCAAAUUCUCAUACGUUUUCUGGUGUUUUGAAGUGUCUCGCCGCCUUAGGAAAUGUAGAAGGCGGCAAUCAGGUUCAUGGGUAUUUGUUGAGAUUGGGUUUUGGUUGUUACAACUCAGUUGUGAAUUCUCUCAUUUCUUUCUACUUCAAAUGUGGAAGAGUUGAAAGUGCGGAGAAGUUGUUCGAUGAAUUGGGUGAUCGAGAUGUUAUAUCGUGGAAUUCAAUGAUAAGUGGGUAUGCUUCGAAUGGUCUUGCAGAGAAGGGACUUCAGAUUUUUAAAGAGAUGCUAGUUUUGGGGGUUGACGUAGAUUUGGCGACAAUAGUGAAUGUUCUUGUAUCUUGUGCAAGUGUUGGGCCUUUAUUGUUGGGUAGAGCACUUCAUGGUUAUGCAAUAAAAGCUUCUUUGGACAGAGAAAUCAUGUUCAACAAUACUUUGCUGGACAUGUAUUCAAAAUGUGGCAAUUUGGACGCUGCAAUUCGAGUUUUCGAGAAGAUGGGCAAAAGAAGUGUCGUGUCAUGGACUUCAAUGAUAGCAGGUUAUGUCCGAGAAGGUCUAUCUGAUGGGGCAAUUGGAUUAUUCCGUGAAAUGGAGAGGAGUGGUGUUAGGCCUGAUCUUUUUACUAUCACAAGCGUCCUUCAUGCUUGUGCUUGUAAUGGCUCUUUGGAUAGUGGCAGGGAUAUACACACUUAUAUAAAGGAAAAGAAAAUGGACUCGAGUUUGUUUGUCUCUAACGCUCUCAUGGAUAUGUAUGCAAAAUGUGGGAGCAUGGAAGAUGCUCACUCAGUUUUUUCUCAGAUGCCUGUAAAGGAUAGUAUCUCAUGGAACACAAUGAUAGGGGGUUACUCAAAGAACUGUCUUCCCAAUGAAGCUCUUACUUUGUUUCUUGAGAUGCAAGGAGUGAUAAAACCCAACAGCAUAACAAUAUCUUGUAUCCUUCCAGCUUGUGCCAGCCUAGCAGCUCUAGAAAGAGGCCAAGAGAUUCAUGGUCACAUAUUGAGAAAUGGAUAUUUUUCAGAUCAAUAUGUUGCCAAUGCACUUGUUGACAUGUAUGUAAAGUGUGGGGUACUAGUGCUUGCACGGUUACUUUUUGACAAGAUUCCUUCAAAGGACCUGAUCUCAUGGACAGUUAUGAUUGCUGGAUAUGGAAUGCAUGGGUUUGGAAGAGAAGCAGUUGCUACCUUUAAUCAGAUGAGAAAUGCCGGCAUUGAGCCUGAUGAAGUUUCCUUUAUUUCAGUACUUUAUGCGUGCAGUCAUUCUGGAUUAUCUGAUGAAGGAUGGAGAUUUUUUGAUAUUAUGAGAAAUGAAUGCAAUAUUGAACCCAAGUUGGGACAUUAUGCUUGUAUGGUGGAUCUUCUUGCCCGCACGGGGAAUUUAUCCAAGGCAUAUAGAUUUAUUGAAACGAUGCCAAUUGAACCAGAUGCCACAAUUUGGGGUGCCUUGCUCUGUGGGUGCAGGAUCCACCAUGAUGUAAAACUAGCAGAGAAAGUUGCAGAACGUGUUUUUGAACUGGAGCCAGAGAACACAGGGUAUUAUGUGCUUCUAGCGAAUAUCUAUGCAGAGGCAGAAAAGUGGGAAGAAGUGAAAAAAUUGCGGGAGAGAAUUGGUCGGCGAGGAUUGAGAAAGAACCCAGGUGCUAGUUGGAUAGAGAUCAAAGGCAAAGUUAAUAUCUUUGUGGCUGGAGAUAGUUCACACCCACAAGCCAAAAGGAUAGGGUCACUGUUAAAGAGGUUAAGAACGAAGAUGAAGGAAGAAGGUUACUUUCCGAAAACAAGGUAUGCUUUAAUUAAUGCAGAUGAGAUGGAGAAGGAAGUGGCUCUCUGUGGGCACAGUGAAAAGUUAGCAAUGGCUUUUGGAAUAUUGAGCCUAUCUCCUGGCAAAACCAUACGAGUGACGAAGAAUCUAAGAGUAUGCGGUGACUGUCAUGAGAUGGCCAAGUUCAUGUCAAAGUCAGCUAGCAGGGAGAUUGUUUUGAGAGAUUCCAAUCGCUUUCACCAUUUUAAGGAUGGUUAUUGUUCUUGUAGAGGUUUCUGGUGAAUCUAGGGGAGCAGGAAUUUGAAUCAUUGAUUCUCAAGUAAUGUCUAAGUUCUAAAUUAUGGUUUGAUGACUGACACAAACAUACCUGGGAUGAGGACUUAAGGUUAGGAUCUCUUGUAUAUGUUGGGUUAAAUGAAAUCAUACUUAAUCCACAGGUCAAACUUUGUGAUUGCACUUCUAUUGAGGAGCUCCCUCUAUGUCUCAUUUACAACUUGCAGGAGUUCACGGAUCAUUUAUUUCUCAUGUAAAUGGCAUUUUCUUGAAGAAUCCUUCCAUUUCAUGGCUUUUUAUAUGGUUUACAUUCAGGUUUUGUUUGCUUUGGAAGUAGCAGUAUUUUCCUGUCGAAGUAGAGCUUCCGAGACUGAAUAUUUUGCUCAUAUGAAAAGAAACUGUUCCUGAUGGAAUGGUGAUCUCUUUUGUUUUGUAUUCACAGAUAUUUUCCACAGGGGUAGCAAAGCUAGGAUGUCUCCCUAGAAGACAGUAAAUUUGUGUCCCUGGGAAUGCUGUUUCGCUUCUGGGACUUGAAAAAAUCGACUUCCACACCGUUGUAGAUGGAAGAAUGGGAAUUAUAAAAUGUGGAACAGCAUAAAAGAUGGCAAGCAGAGGCACAUCCAUGAAAAUGCACUGCAUCAAUGCUGGGUCCAAGUAGCAAAAGGCAGAGUACAAAAGCAGGUGCCUGCAAUUAUGGGCGACGAGUUUGCCAGGUUGGUAGACUCCAAUCAAAAGGGUGCUGACUGCUGAGAAGCCAUUCAUGUCUUACCUUUUAAGUUUGCUGAAGAUUAUGUACAUUUCGGCAUCAUUUCAUUUCCAGAUCUCAGCAGCUUUAAGAAGCUCAGAUCCAAAAACAAACAGGUUUAAAGACUUCUGGGGACUAAUUUUCUUAGCUUCUGUCCCAAGAAUUUGUACGACCGUGUCAUUCAUACGACACAUUUUCUUUUAUUUUUUGUUUAUCUGCACCAAAUAAAUUGUUUCGAGGCUUAUUGUUUGGUUGCACUUUUAGUCACCUCCCCCGUUUCAUGUUGUAUCUCAGGAAAAUAAGAAAAGGUGGGAAGAUUUGUUUGGUUUUAUGCCAAAUCGUGAGAUUAGAAUCUUCUCAGAUUGUACAUAUUAUGUUGAUGGUGGCCACAGAGAAAAAGUGAAUCCUCAUAACAAUCGAUUGUACAAACACUGAGCUGGUUAGGACAUCUUUCUUUUCUUACAAACAGAAAGCAGGGGCUAUAAAGGUUGCACAGAUAUGUAAGUCCUUUCAGAUUUCAGUGAUGGCACUGAGAUUCACCACCCAGCUGGAUGACAACACCCAGGAGAGUAUAAGGAAAAAGAAAGCCCCUACCUUCCCUUUGUUGCCACUU